UACAAGUACUUAUCCAAAUGGAGUACUUAAUAAGAUAGUUAAUUGAGCAUGACUACCAAAGUCAGAAGCAUCAAUUCUUCAUUUUUCAGGUUUCUGUUCUUUUUGUAAAGAAAACUAAAAAUAUCUAAGGAUAAGGAUGUUUACUUUCUUGAUGAGAUCAUACCCUUGGCGACUGUUAUGUCAAGGUUGUUAUUCUCUAUUUCUUUUUUGUUCCUUUUUCAUGCUUUAUUUUCAUUCGAUAGCAAAUUGAGAUAUUUAUAUCGUGCCAAUUAGUGCUUGUUUAAUAUAUAGUGGUAUUAAAGUUUGAGGCACAGUCAAGGCAUGUGUGUUGUUAUUUGAAGAUUUUCUUUUCUUUGAUCCUAAAUUAUUUUUUUAAUAGUCAAUAAGAUUGGCUCACAAAAGGAAAUAAAACUAUGAUCAAUUCAUCAAAAGUGAAUGUUUGUUAUGAACAUUUGAAACCAUUUUGAUGAUUAUUCAAGUAACAAUCUUUGUGUAAAAUCUCUUUAUAUACACAUAUCGAACAUCACAUGUAGAAUUAUUUUGUAGAAUCACACCGUCCAAACCUCUCUUGUAAAGCUAGGCGAUGGUACUUUAUCUUCUCUUGAAAUAAUUGUUGAUGAUUUGAUUGCCCACUUUGUCUUCUUUCAAGCUAAUUGUUUAUGAUGACUUCUAAAUUAACCACUGGAUUACCGUCGUUUGUUUUUGUUGUUAGUGACCUGAAAUAACUUUUGAAACUCCUUUUAUUAUUAUGUUUUUAAAAAAUUAUAUCAAAAGGGAUUCAACAGAUUAUAUAACUAAUUUUUUUUAUCCUAUAUGUAUAAAUAAUUUUCGGUUAGAGGGAUUCAAUUAAACUCAUUCCUUCCUACUAGCUAUGCUUCCGUGUGUCAUAUGUAUUUAAGUUUAAUUUGACUUAAAUAAAAAAUGCUUAAUAUUCCCAGAAAAAUACAAAGGUAAAACUUGGUUAAACUUUUUAUCUAAUAAAAGAAAAAUGAAAUAAUAAAAGUUAGUAUUAAAUUUACAGGAUAAGUGAUGAGUAAUAAAGGUGUACGUGGAAGCAUGUUAGCUGCUAUGAUGUUUGGUAUUGGGGCCAAAUUCUUUGCAAUAAUUGACAAUUCACAUGCUUAUAUCCCCCGACAAACUCCAUUUGCUCCAACAAAACGCUUGCUUUAAGGAGACAAAUGUUCAGUACUCAAUCCUUUAUGUGGACGAGUUGAAGACUUCAAAAGUAAAAAAAAACAAAUAAACAAUGCGACUGGCUAUCUGUGUAAAAAUCGCAGAUGUUUAAGAAAAUGAAAGUUACAAGGCUACAAGCAUUUCUAAUGGCUCAAGCCCGUAAAAUAAUGGGCUUAUAUUUAGGCUUUGAAAAGUGGACAAUGACCUGGCAUCAUUUCAACCAGUAUCGGAAUUUUUUUCAUUUCACACUUUUGUAUAAUUAAAGCCGUUUUUAUGCUAAUUAAAGCCGUUAACUUUUUGGUUUUGGUGGGUGCUUGAUCGGUUUUCUACUUUUUAAGUCUGACAUUGAACUCCAGAAAGAGGGGGAAAAAGGAUUGAUUUUCCUCUUUGGGAUUAUGGGCUUGGACACGGGUUCGUCAGCUCCGGCGACGGCAGCAUCAUCAUCGUCAGCCACAUCGUCCCCAAGUGGUAAGAGAAAUAGAGACCCAGAAGACGAGGUUUAUCUCGACAAUCUCCACUCUCACAAACGAUAUCUUAGUGAGAUAAUGGCAUCAAGUUUAAAUGGACUGACAGUGGGAGACUCCUUACCAGAUAAUAUAGUGGAUUCUCCAUCAAGAUCCGAAAACAUGCUUUAUAUCAGGGACGAAAUGUCCUUUCAGUAUUCCCCAAUGUCAGAAGAUUCAGAUGACUCACGAUGCUAUGAACCUUUGACAAUUACCAGCUCCCCCCAAUCUGAGAGCACGCCAACUAGUCCAGUCUCACCCUACCGAUAUCACAAACCUUUGAAUGGGUUCUCAUCAGGCCCUCCCUCCACGUCAUACCCGUCACAUUCCUGCAGCUUCCCUCCUGCCACAUCCUCACAGCCUCGUCAACGAGGAUCUGAUUCUGAGGGUCGAUUUCCAUCAUCACCCAGUGACAUAUGCCACUCUGCUGACUUAAGGAGAGCUGCACUUUUGCGAUCUGUGCAAAUGAGGACUCAACCUCUGGGACCAUCAUCAUUUGAGUUGCAACUUAAUCCAGGGCUGGAGCCUAGUCAUAUGGAGACCGAGGACCGGCCUUGUUCCUACAUGAAGUCUUUAGUUGAUGAGAGGGAAUAUAAGAUUGAACAAUGCUCCUCAAUGAGUGUAUCAGCACCCGAAAACGGGGAAAGUCCUUGUAGAAUUUUGAAUAUGGGGCCGAAAGGAGAUGAAUCUGUAGAUUAAACACAAUCCCUGACCCUGUCCUUAAUGACUUCAAUUACUGCACUUGUGCACAACUAAAACCUUCAGUAAAUGACUUGUGCACUUUAUGCUCAAAGAGAACAACUUUCAGAAAAUGGAUCUGUUCUGUAACCCAUCGUUGCC